AUGGCGGCCAAGCCCCAAGAAAGUAACCUCAUCAGCCUCACCGACCUAAGCAAACACAACACCAAGACAGACUGUUGGAUAGCAGUUCAUUCUAAGGUGUGGGAUAUCACCGACUUUAUUAGUGAGCAUCCAGGAGGUCCGUCAGUUCUCUUGAAGUGUGCGGGCUCAAACGCCACAAAGAUUUUUGACGAAGUUCACGCCCCUGACAUCCUUGAGGAACUUCCAGAAGAGAAGUUUGUUGGUGUACUGAGGGACGCUACUCCAGACGUUCCCGCCAUGGCAUCGCAGCCAGCCAGUGAUAACCGCACAGCCGCGUCAACCGUUGGCCUCUCUCACUCUUCUGUAACAGUGCAAGAAGAAGACACUGAAAUCCCUCCUCUUGAAGCCAUCAUUAGCGCCCCAGACCUUGAAGUUGUAGCCUCCAAGGCUUUAACUCCCAAAACGUGGGCCUUUUACUCUUCUGCUGCUACGGACUUAAUAACCCACAAGAAGAACAAGGAGUUGGUGCGAAGAAUCAUGAUUCGACCAAGGAUUCUCAGAAAUGUUUCUCAUGUCGAUUUCAAGACGAGCAUUCUUGGUUUUGAGAGCUCGGCUCCAUUCUUCAUCUCCCCAGCAGCAAUGGCCAAGCUAGUUCAUCCAGACGGCGAGUUAGCUUUGAGCCGAGGAGCCUCCAGUGAAGGGAUCAUUCAAUGCAUUUCCAGUAACGCAUCAUACACCCUCAAGUCUAUUGUAUCAGCUGCGCCCCCAAGCCAGCCAUUCUUCUUUCAGCUCUAUAUCAACUCGGAACGCCAUAAAACGAUUGAGAUUCUUAGGUCUGCGAGGGCACUCGGAAUCAAGGCGAUUUUUGUCACCGUGGAUGCUCCUGUUCCUGGUAAGCGGGAGGCUGAUGAACGCGCAGCCCAAGCAGGUACUAUUAGAUCGGCUAUUAGCAACGCUGAAAGCAGCAAGGACAAGAAAGGAAGCGGUUUGGGGCGACUUAUGGCACAGUAUAUCGACAAGUCAAUCACAUGGGAAGACCUUACGUGGAUUCGUGAGGCGAGCGGUGUACCGAUCGUACUCAAGGGCGUACAAACCGCUGACGAUGUCCGGUUGGCUGUAGAGUAUGGCGUCGAUGGCGUUCUUCUCAGUAAUCAUGGUGGCCGCUCUCUUGAUGGCUCUCAAGCAUCAAUUCUUGUUCUGCUGGAACUCAGAGAACAGUGUCCGGAAGUCUUUGAUAAGCUUGAGGUUUAUAUUGAUGGCGGCUUUGAGCGCGGCUCAGAUAUUCUGAAAGCAAUCGCACUUGGAGCGACUGCAGUUGGCAUUGGUCGGCCGUUCCUCUAUUCCCUGGUCUACGGCCAAGAAGGCGUCGAGCAUUUAUCACAGAUCUUGAAAGAUGAGAUUGAAACUUCAAUGCGACUCUGUGGUAUCACGAGCCUCAGCCAAGCUACUCCCGCAAUGGUAAACACGUUGGACGUAGAUUACAUGGUUAUGUCUGAGGCGCAAGGGCGACAAAAGAGGCCGCUAAGAACACCUCGAUCCAAACUAUGA